UAUUUCACGCCUGUUAAAUUAGUCUAUGUAACAGCAACGAUUGAAAUACUAUUAAGCUGAACCACCGGGUCCACCACCGGCUAGUACAAAAACACAGAGGAUAAAAUUCGGGGGAGCGAAGUUGUGAUAUCAGUCAACAGCCACAAGACAGAGCUUAAAAAGAUUGCCAUAAGAGCAGGAAGCACAUGUGUAAGAAAAAAGAUUGCAAUAAGAGCAGGAAACACAUGUGUACUGAAACCAUUGGAGUGUUCAUCAAUCAAUCAGGCAACAAAUGAACUGCACUUGUUUAGAUCUCAACACGUUUCUAGAUGUUCUUCCGUUGCUUCUCUCCAUAAACAAACUAAACAAAAGCGUAACAUUUCGAGUUGUGAUAUAUAGAAACUUUACAUGUUUGUAGCAUCUUCCGUAGAAAAACAAGACACAAGUCGAUUUGUCCCCACCACCAUCUAGAUUGCAGCCAACAUAACAACAUACAUCAAAAUAUAACGUUACUUUUCCUUUUCCCAUUUUUGAAAACCACUUUUUGUAUAAAGAUACUGCUGAGCAAUCAUUUUUCGUUUUAAAAUAAUGGCUUUCACCAAAGUUUUGGUAGUCUUAAACUCUUAAUGGUAGUGAAAGAGAGUUGAUUUUUUUGUAACUUCCACUGCCAAUUAAAAAAAAAAGGGCUUCUCCACCUACGUCACCACUACCCGUUAUGCUCCCACCAAGCUUCUUGUGCACACAAACGACACCGGUUCAGUUGUCUUACCAACUGGAUUCCCUUUCUUCUCUACCCCUUUCCCAUAUUCGAAUUCUCUAACUUUUGUAAAUUAAAGAACUAAAAAGUAGAGAAGAGAAGUGGCUUCAGAAUCUCAGAUAACCAUUGUUCCCAAACUAAUCAAAGUGACCAAAUUAAUUCUCACUAAAUAACAAUUAGACCUUUUCUACAGAUAUUUAAAAAUAAUUAAACAUUUUUUAAAGAUUGGGAAAUGUUUUUUUGAAAACUUUUUUUUUUAAUUUGAAUUACUUUGAGUUUCUGUUUAUGAAAACGAAUUUUCUUUUAAAAGAGUUUAUGAAUAUAUUUUUGAAUAUGUAUAUAAUAUCUUUUUAAUUUAGAUUUAGAAAUACCUUCAUAAAUAAGUAUAAUAUCUUCUUAUAAUUUAGAAGUAUAUUAUAUUUAGAAAAAUCUUCCUAAACUUAAUUAAGAAAGAUAUCAUAUAUAUCCAAGAAUAUAUUCUUAAACUCUUUUAAAAGAAAAUUCGUUUUGGAAAACAAAAAUUGAAAAAAGUAAUUCGAAAAAGGAAGACAUUUGAUACAUGUGUAUAUAUAUAUAUAUCGUAUCUUCGUAAAAUUUGGGAAAUUGUUCAUAAAUAUGUAUCUACGAGGACAUUCUUGAAUGUAGAUUUACGAAUAUCUUACUAAAUUAGAAUUACAUAUAUUAACAAUGAUAUUUCAAGAAAUAUAUAACAUCUUUCUAAAAAUUUUGAAAGACAUUCUUAAAUUUGAUACCUUCAUUUAAUAAAAGCACUCUGCAUAUUUAAAAUAUCUUCGUAAAUUUUUGAAAGAUGUAUAUAUUAAAAAAUAUUUAUAAAGAUAUGCAUGUAAAUUAAAUUUAACAAGAUGUCAGACAUAUUUAAGAAUAAUUUUUAAAUAUACAUACAAGUCAUAUUUAAUAAAUCUAGUUAACGUUUAUGAAGACAAUCAUUAAUUUAGGAAAAAUUAUAAAUCCAGGAAGAUAUAAUACAUGUUCAAAUUUUUUUUAACGAUUUUAACAAGAAAUUGAAAUUUUUUGCAAAACAAUCCUUCGAGUCUUUAUUUUCGAAUUUUAAUAUUAGUAUAUAUAAAUAAGUCAAUUAAUUAAAAUUAUAAUGAGAAUAAAACUAUUAGUUUCCAUUUUUAUGAAAUCAAAUAUGGUUACUUUGACUUCUAUAUUUAGAGAAUAAAACUAAAAAGAAGCUGUUAGACUUGACUAAAAAGCAAACAAAAGUUUAAUUUGAACUGCACAGAUUUCAAUCGUUUCUCUCCCUCGCUCCUCCAUGAAAGCUACCUUCGUCUCCUCCACUGCGCGAACUGUGGACUCCCUGAGAGAUCUCCUCUAGAGCAAGACUUCGUUUGUUCAAUUUAGAGCAAAGCUCACACCAUGAUCUCCAGCAGAGUAUUAAAUUCGCCUGCUCCCAAGGUCCGUGGCGGCAACGGACCAUCCUCAGCUCCUGUACCGGUCACCAGAGCCAUAGUGACCAAUGCUGACGCCACUGGUUCUGCUUCCGAAGAUGACAUGUAUACAAAUUCAGACGACUUCUCUCUUGCGAACAGUAGAGUGUCUACUAACGUCGGUCGUAGGCACGGAAGAAACUUGUCUUAUUGUACCUGCUCCGAGGAGUUUGAUGCUGACAAAUUUUACACAAGAGUUAUCCCUCCAUUUUCCGGGGCAGCAGAGGAAUCUGGAGAAAUUAAACCAGCAAGGUCAGGUGUUCAAGUUUCACAAGGCAAGACAGACGAUUGUGUAGAAAGUAAAAAGACUGGACAUUCUACUAGACUUAGUGCUGUUUCUGAGUCAUUUGGGCCAUCUGAUCAAGAUCUCGUUCGGAUGCCAACUUUUCAUGCAAGUGCUCGUGGCACAUGGCUUGCAGUGGUUUCCUAUGAUGCAUGUGUGCGACUUUGCCUUCAUGCGUGGGCAAAGGGUUGCAUGGAGGCUCCCAUGUUUCUGGAAAACGAAUGUGCUCUUCUACGAGAAGCAUUCGGGUUGACGCAACUCCUUUUGCGAUCGGAGGAGGAAAUGCGGGUGAAUCAAUCUUCACAAGCUCCGCACGAGGGAGUUGCACCAAAACCCAACAAAAACACUGGCAAAAUGAUGGUUCAAGUACGACGUGUUGAAACAGUUUUGGAUGCUCCAACAAGUUUAAAGCCAUCGCUGAAAAAGUUUGAGAAAUCCCGGGGUUACUUUUCCAAUAUCUCAACACGUAUAUCUUCUGGAUGGCGGGCUCUAAGGAAGAACUAUCUUCGUGUACCUGCAAAUGGUUCUUCUGUUUCACGUCAAAGCCCGGGACAUGUACAUGCCAGACCAGAGUGCUUAAAGCAAGUUUCUUGUCCCCUGAAAGUUGGUGUCACAAGUCCACGUAAUAGUUCAACGUCUUAUGAUGAUGCUCAAGAGACAUACACGUGUAGGUUAAGAUUGAAAAGCUUAACUGAAGAUGACCCCAUUAUCAUGCAACCUGGAUCCGAUGAAGGGCAUGUCUUCUUUCCUGAUAGUCAUGGAGAUGAUCUGAUUGUUGAAAUACUUGAACCAAACGGGAAGGAAUUUGGGCGUGCGCUUGUCCAGCUAGCCAAGUUUUCUGAAGAUUCCGAUGAGAAACUUCUCUGGUGGUCUGUAUUUCGUGAGCCAGGACAUCAACUUGUGGGAAAACUCCAGCUCUAUAUUGACUAUUCAGCAAGUUCUGAUGAUAAUAGCCAUUUGAAGGGUGGUUCUGUUGCGGAAACAGACGCAUAUGACCUAGUCUUGGAAGUGGCCUUGAAAAUGCAGUGGUUCCAGCAAAGAAACUUGUUGUUAUAUGGUUCAUGGAAAUGGCUUUUGGAAGAAUUUUCCUCCUACUAUGGGAUUUCAGAUGUCUACACCAAGCUCAGAUACUUGACCUAUGUGAUGGAUGUCGCUACACCGACCUCAGACUGUCUCCAUUUGGUGCAUGACUUGCUAACACCUGUCAUCAUGAAAGGAAAUGACAAGGCCACCUUGAGUCAUCAAGAGAAUCGGAUCCUAAAUGGAAUCAAGGACCAAACCGAGCAGAUCCUGAAGCUGGUCUUCGAGAACUACAAAUCUCUUGAGGAGUCUUCUUUCUCUGGAAUAAAAGAUGUAGUCAGUUCUGCAACAGGAGUUCCAGCGCCAGCACUCGCUCCCGCUGUUAAAUUGUACAUGCUUCUGCAUGAUGUCUUGUCUCCAGAGGAUAAGACUAAUCUUUGUCAUUACUUCCAAGUAGCAGCAAAGAAGAGAUCUAGAAUGCACAUCGGUGAGAUAGAUGAAUUUGUUAGAAAAAACAAUGAUCCCAAUUUUUGGGAUCCUUCUUCAAGGGCUGCUUACCAUAAAAUGAUUAUGGUCUGCAAGAAUGUAAAGAAUGAGAUUUAUACUGAUAUUGAGAUCCACAAUCAAAAUAUACUUCCCAGCUUUAUUGACCUUUCAAACCUGUCAGCAUCCAUAUAUAGCACUGAUCUCUGCAACAGACUUCGAACCUUCCUUGUUGCUUGUCCACCGUCUGGUCCUUCACCAGCAGUUCAACAGCUUGUGAUUGCAACUGAAGACUUUCAACGUGACCUUUCCAGCUGGAACAUCCGUCCUAUCCAAGCUGGUGUUGAUGCAAAAGAAUUGUUCCACCUAUAUAUUAUGACUUGGAUUCAAAAUAGACGCCUUUACUUACUUGAAUCAUGCAAACUUGAUAAGGUAAAAUGGUGCGGAGUGGGGACACAACAUUCAGCAACCCCAUUUGUUGAUGAAAUGUACACCAGGCUGAACGAAACCAUUCAAGACUAUCAAGCUAUCAUUUCUAGAUGGCCGGAAUAUAUUUACGUUCUGGAGAGUGCCAUAGCUGAUGUUGAAAUAGCAAUUGUGGAAGCUCUGGAGAAGCGGUAUGCAGAUGUCUUAUCACCUCUGAAAGAAAACUCAGCUCCAAAAAAGCUAAGCUUCAAGUAUGUCAAAUACCUAACCAAAAGAUCUGCGGUUUCAUAUGUAGUUCCGGAUGAGCUCGGCAUUCUACUAAACUCUGUGAAGAGAAUGCUUGAUGUUCUAGGGCCUGAUAUAGAGGCUCAAUUUCAAGCAUGGUCUUCAUGCGUUCCUGAUGGAUCUAGGAACGCAGCUGCUGGGGAUCGUCUUUCUGAGGUGACAGUGAUGCUCAGAGCCAAGUUUCGAAGUUACGUUCAAGCUAUAGUCGAAAAACUCGUAAAAAAUAGCAAACUAAAAAAGGAGACAAUGUUGAAGAAGAUUCUUCAGUACUCUAAAGAAAGUGUUGGAGAAUCGGACAUGAGAAGAAAAAUGCAAAAGCUGAAGGAGCAGCUCACCAACACAGUGAAUCAUCUACAUUUCGUUUGUUCAACGGAUGUGUUCAUCGCAUUGUCCCGAGGAUACUGGGAUCAUAUGGGAUGGAUUGUUCUAAGCUUUUUGGAGAACAAAAAAGAGAAGAGAGCUUGGUACAAGGGUUCUAGAGUUGCUGUCUCUAUACUAGACGAUACAUUUGCAGCAGAGAUGCAAAAGCUACUAGGAGAUUCGUUGAGAGAGCAAGACUUGAAGCCUCCGAGAUCGAUUGUGGAGGUUCGCUCGAUUCUUUGCAAGGACACUACAGUUAAUGAAGGCAAGUCUUUCUAAAGACGAUCAAGGACACUUGUUAUUGGGCAAAAAAUUCUAGAGGAAUCAUUAAAUUUUGAGAUUCUUAUUGUUAUUGGUUCGUGAAUUGUUAAAAUCUAAAUAGAAUCCAUUGUUAUUGGGGUGAUGAUUUUUAAAUUUCACUCAAAAUCCUUUGUUAUUGGAAAAGUUUAGUUUUCAUUGAUUUUAAGAUUAUAUUAAAAUCUAUUGUUAUUGGGAUGUAAAUUUUCUUUGUUUUUACUCAUAGUACUCAAUUUUGAGAAUAUCAUCUAUACCCAUAAGAUUUUUGUAAUUAAUGUAAUAAAAUACAUUCACAUACAAAAACUCAAAUUGAAGAAUGAAAUAA